CAGGAACUGAGUCUGUUGCUGAAGAAGCCGAGAGCGAGAGAUAGAGAGAGCGAGCGAGCGAGCGAGGGAGUGAACUGUGUCUGGGUCAUCUCACACAGUCAGAGAGAGAGAGAGAGAGACAGGAGAAGGUUAGAGGAGCCUGUCAGAGGAUGUGGUUUUUCUCUGAGCUUGCAGAACAUUGCGUUGCACACACACAUACUUUGAGCAUGACCUAACGGCAGCACAUGAAGUGUGUGUUCUGCGCUCCGUGAGCCGCCUGUCGCAGGAGGACUGAUCCGGGGAUCCUUGCUCUUCUUCUUCUGAUUAUUAUUGUGCCGUCACAUCCAACGGGAACCGUAGCAGCGCUCUUGCCUUUAUUCCUGUGGAUCGCUGACUCAAACUUGCAGUGUGUCAAAACCUUCACAACAGGAUUAAGUCGUUGGGCAGAAAUGGGCUGCGGCUUGAGGAAGUUUCGUCAGACGGAAGACAACAGUCCUGGAAAGAUUUACUCCACCCUCAAGAGACCGCAGGUGGAGACCAAGAUCGGGGUCGCCUACACGUACCACCACCUGGACUUCCUGGUGGGGAAAGACGAUGGGACGUCGACGCUGUGUGUGUCCUCGGUGAGAGAGCUGCCGUCUCAGCUUCAGGAUCUCUACCAGCAGGGCUUCGUUCUGAGCGCUGUGCACCCGUUCGUUCACCCGUGUGGACCCGAGCCCGCCAGCGUCCAGCGCCAGCUCUACCGGGCCGUGCUCAUCAGAGUCUCCGACAGCUGGGAGAAGAAUCCGGCAGACUUUGAGCCUUACCAUCUUAAACUGGAGGAAUGCAUGUCUGCGGACCAGAUUCCCACUACAGAACACAUCCAAGGAUACGUGAAGAAACAGAUCCAGGACGCUGCGGAUCAGGGCAUCAUGUUCGCGGGCUUCAUCCAGGAGCCGGCGGGUCUCCGCCCACAUGUGACCCGACACGGAGAACCAGAGGAACCCUCUCUCUCCCUGCACUCCAGCCCCAGCUCGCUGCACGGAUCCGGGCUCACGCCGAGCCCCAGUCCCCCGGAGGAGCCCGAGCCCGAAGACCAGAACCACGGGGAAAACGAGGAAAGAGAGCCUUCAGAAGACGCAGGAGAGGAUGAUCUCUCUGUUGAGACGUCAGCCGUGUUGAAAUCAGGACCUGGUGAAACACAGCAACACAACAACAACGACACGGCCAAAGUCAAAUACACAACCGAGAGAGCCGGCCGGGUCACCCUGAGUAAGAGCGGUGCCGAGCUCUUCGGAUUGUUUAACUACCCGGGCCGCCGUGAGGGUCAGUUUAAGUACUACACGGUUAAAGUUCCUCUACGAGUGCAACCGCAAGGCGAGGGCAUCUGCACGCUGGAGGCGAACUGGCUCGAUCACAUGACCCAACACUUCAACAACGGAGCUUCACUUGUGGACGGAUACUUUCAGCUGGCCAGAGACAACGAUCUGCUCAUCAGGACAGUGGAGAGUGUGUUUGUGUUCCAGGAGAGCGAGGAGAGCGACUCUGCGUACGACGCUAUAGUGGUGGAGCAGUGGACCGUCAUACAUGGUUUGCAGGUGAAGACAGACUAUAUCCCCUUGCUGCAAUCACUGGCUUCAUUUGGAUGGAGACUCACUUGUGUGCUGCCUACACCCAUCAUCAAGACUAACAGUGAUGGAAGUCUGGCCACCAAACAGAUCGUUUUCCUCCAGAGGCCGAUGUUGCCUCGCAAGAAGAAAGAAUCCAAGAAAGUCAUCUUUAAAGCACGGAACAAGUCCAACAAGAACUCGGUGAAAGACGCACCAAAGAACAAGAAGAAGAAAGAGAAAGAGACGAGUGAUCAAAAGAGCAGCGGCGGAGCCGAGAAGAGCGCAGACGACACGAAUACAAGCGUGAACGAGCGACGGGGGGAAAACAUGAGUAAUGAGGAAGGAGAGGAGACAGAGGCGACAGGAAGUGAUGUCACAGCUGGCAGGGAGAAGCAGGAAGCAGGAAGUAGCGAAAGAGAUGGAAACGCUGAGGAGAAGGUAAACGAGAGUAGUGUGAAAACUGAAGCUGAAAUGGGGUCAUAUAACGACACGGGACGGCAGGAAGAGGAAGUGGACAAACAGGAAGAUGGCUCAGCCAAUCAGGAUUGAGGAUGCGCUCAACCCACCUGGCGAAUGGAAGUGGGCCUUUAUGAAUGUUAAAAUGCUAUAUACCUUGCAAAAAAAAAAAAAAAAAAAAAA